AUGACUUUGGGAAGAAUGGUGUUCAGAAAUGACUCUUCUGUGAAGGAGUUUAUCCUACUGGGCUUGACACAGCAGCCAGAGCUCCAGCUGCCUCUCUUCUUCCUCUUCUUGGGAAUCUAUGUGGUCUCCAUGGUGGGGAACCUGGGCUUGAUGGUUCUGAUAGUUUUGAAUACUCACCUGCACACCCCCAUGUACUACUUUCUAUUUAAUCUUUCCUUUAUUGAUUUCUGCUACUCCACAGUCAUAACCCCCAGAAUGCUGGUGGGUUUUGUGAAGCAGAACAUCGUCCCUCAUGCUGAGUGUUUGACUCAACUCUUUUUCUUCUGCUUCUUUGUUAUUGAUGAAUGCUACAUUUUGACAGCAAUGGCCUAUGACAGAUAUGCUGCCAUCUGUAAGCCCCUGCUUUACCAGGUUACCAUGUCCCAUCAGGUCUUCCACUUGAUGUUGGCAGGAGUGUAUUUGAUGGGGCUUCUGGGUGCCACAGCCCACACAUGUGGAGUGCUAACCCUGACAUUCUGUGAUGGCAACAUCAUCAAUCACUACAUGUGUGAUAUACCCCCUCUCCAGAAGCUCUCCUGCACAAGCACUGCAACCAAUGAGUUGGAAGUUUUCAUUGUUGUGGGUAUCAAUGUGCUAAUUCCAACCCUGACUCUCUUUAUUUCUUACACCUUGAUCAUUUUCAACAUCCUCAGCAUCCCUUCUGCAGAGGGUAGGUCAAAAGCCUUCAGUACCUGUGGCUCCCAUGUAAUAGCUGUUUCUUUUUUAUUUGGAGCUUCAGCCUUCAUGUAUCUUAAGCCUUCUAGGGCAUCUGAGGAUGAUGAUAAAAUUUCUGCCAUAUUUUAUACCAUUGUGGGCCCAAUGUUGAAUCCUUUCAUCUACAGUUUAAGGAAUAAGGAUGUACAUAUUGCACUGAGAAGAACCUUGAAGAAAAUCAUGUUUGUCUAA